AUGAAUGAAAACGAAGCGGAAAAUGAGAUAAUGCAAGAUGCUGGUGGCGUAUCUAAUGAUAUUUCCCCGUUAGCCAACACUUCUGAUCCUAAUUUUAAUGUAAGUCAAUUUUUUUUUAGAAUACUUACCUGAAAUUUAUGAUUUAAUUAUUCAAAAAAAUGUCGCCAUGAAAUUAUUCAACAUAGUACCUUUUAAGUUUUAAGUAUUUUGUCAAGCAUCUCUACUUUUUAUUGACGUAUCGUGCCAUUGUUUUCAUUUAUUACAAAAUUCCGCCCUCCAGUCUUAUCGGAGGACUGAGGUAUUAAUAUAAAAUUUCUUUGAUAUACAAGUAAAUUUUUGGACAACUGAUUGGUGAUACUAAUAGUUCAAUUUGCAUUUAUUAUGUUUGGUGUUAAAUGUUGUAGUACUCAAACAAGAUUAAUUUCUAAUUCCGCUAUGGUUUCAUUUAAAAUUGGUACAUUCCAUUUCGUUGUGCAUCCACACUUUAUUUUUCAAUGUAAUAAAUUUAUUUUUUUUUUUAAACGAUAUACCUAUCUAAUUGUUUAUAAUUAUUAUUUUGAGUAAAAUAAGUAAAUGUACGUAAAAUAACAUGUAUAUAUAUACAUAAUAUAACCCUUAUCCAGUUUACAAGAGUACGGGUCGUAUCGGUCCCUAUGCUUGGCGGCUUUGCUCAGUAUCACGGGUAUUGCUAUAAGGUACUUUUUGCAGAAGGGGUAAAACUAAAAUAAUAAUUUCCAUAAAGUAUAGUUUAUAUAUCAUUGUUUAUCACGAAAAUGUGUAUGGGAUUCUAAAGAAAAUGAAAAAUCGGGUGGUUGUUAAACAAGAUUUAUACCCUAAGGUUUAUGUAAAAAUUGGAUUAUAUAUUGGUACUAAAAUAAAUGAUUUUAUUUUUUUAGAAUAUUAAUUCAAAUAUUUUGGAAAAUAUUGACUUGAACCAAAGUUUUAAGGAUUCUACAAGAUAUUUAGAUCAGAGUCAUUUGUAUACUGAACGAGACAAUGUUAUUAUGGCCUUAAAAGUGCCAGAAUAUAAAAAAACAUUAACCGAAAAGGAUUUUACUAUCGAAUCUUUACAAACAGAUAUAAGAAAUUAUCAACAAAAUUUCUACAAUCUUAAUAAAAGGUAUCAGAGUUUAAUGGAAUGUUAAUUUAUAAAGGUUAAUUAUCUCCAGAAACAUGUUGUGUUGUAUGUGAUCUACUAGUUUUGUCUUCCUCUAAUGAUGCACUUUAAACGAUUUUGAUUUUGUUUAAUUAUUGUAAAACUGUUUCAUUACAUCUUUUAUCUACCUAACCUUCUCCACAUCCAUAUUUCCAUGACUUCCAGUUUAUUGUUUUAUAUUUGUUCAUAGUCCAUGUGGAGUCACUGUUCUCUAUUCUGUUGAUUAUGAAUGCCAAAACUGUAGAAAAAAAAAUGUUCAUGUUUUCUGGCACCAGUGAGCACUAGUGUUAACAAACACAGCACCACAACAUUACAAAUGUUUUUACUCAAAUGGGUUUUUUUUUCAAUUUGGACAUUCUUAAGUGGAGUAAAGUAUAGAGAGAAUAAAAAAAAAAAAUGCAUUAAUAAGGGAUAGCAUAAUCAUUUUUUUAAUAGUUGAUAAAAUGGAAGAAAAUGGACAAGAUUAGUAUAUUUAAAUAAAUGUUUAUUGAAGGGGAAGAAAUACUGAAAAGGAGAUAGUGAGACAUAGUUUAGAGUUUUAAAAUGAUAUGGAGUACCCCUAUAUAGUUGAUGUAGGAAACUACAUUAAGUGAAGAUUUAAACUUAGGUUAAAUUAGGUAAAAAGAGGUCUGGAAAAAAAGAAUCAGUAUAAAGAACUCUGGAUUAUAAUUUAUAAGUUAAAAUAUUAUUUAUUCACACUUUUAUGAUAAAAUAAGAAAAAAUAUUAAAUGGCUUAGUAGCAAAAUUAUAAUUAUUUAUAUUUAUUUAUUAUAAUUAUAAUUAUUACAUUGCUUUAAGCUUAAAACUUUUUAUAAUUACCUAUUGUAAACUAUUGUUUUUCUUUAUGCAUGAAUUUCACUAUAUUCCAUGUUAUCGUGGAUUUUUGUUACUCAAUUUUGUCAAUAACUCAAUAUUUAAUUUGAUUAAAGUAAGACUAGUAUGCUUUUCAAUACAAAUUUGCAAGAUAUGUCUGAACGAAUAAAUGGCCUUGGAAAUGCUGUAGAUUUUUUAAGAAUAAGGCAAAAUGAUGUAGUGGCAACUACAAAUACAUUUCAAGAAAAAAUAAUACAUAUGUCAUGUAUUAUUGACAAUACUUUAAAACAAGGUCAGGAAUGUAUUAUGUAGAAUUUUAUUAAUUUUUAUUAUUAUAUGCAAUUGAAUUAAAUAAACAUUUAAUACCUAAUUAUAAAUAACAUAUGCAUAUGAAAAGUAUGUGUUUGUAUAAUAUUUUUGUAUAUUUAUAGUGAAAAUAGAAAAAGAAAGAUUAAAACAAGACUUGGAAAAUGUGCUAUGUUCCAAUGAACUAGAAUACUUAAAAUCUGAGGUAUACUUAUCAUACUAUUACAAUUAAUAUUCAAAAAUAUGUAUAUUUUAUAGGUAAUAAACUGAGUCUAUGAGUUAAAUGCACUAAAAAUCAACAAAAAACCAAAAAAUGGUGGGGGUCUAAAAGAUUCCAUCAGCUUUAAUUUUUAAACAUUUUCUAACACUACAAAAAUUAUAAACAACAUUUUUAUUUUUAUAUAAUACAUACAAAUUUAAAAGUUAGAGCUGUUAGAAGGAGGAAUUUUAAAACCCAUUUUUAAUUUUUGAAAGUUUUAAAGCCAUUUUUGGUGGAUUUUAAGUGCUUAAAGUACUGAACCCUGCUAAUGAAAUAUAUUUAUUUUUUUAAACUGAAUUAAGUAUUACAACCUAUGAAAUAGGUAUAUUAAGUAUUAAUUAUAACUAAUUAAGGAUGGAAAGGCACUCAGUAUAUGAACAACUAAAAUUAAAAAUCAUUUGCAACGUUAAAAGAGUUUCAAUUAUUACUUAAUCCCCGUUAGUCAUAUUAGUGUUUAUUAUGCAUUAUAAUUUUCAAGUAAAACCAUGUUCUUAAGGUAUUUUUUUUUAAUAUUAUUAAAACAAAUCAAUUCUUACAACUUAGAUAUAUAUAUUUUUCUAUGUCAAAUGAAUAAUAUUAAAUAAAAUAAUAGGAAUUUAUGAAUUUUUUUUUCAAAUUUAUAUAAACUUAUAUCAAAUAUUAAAUAGAAAAAAUUAAAAAAACAUAAAAGUAUCCAUAAAGUAGAUAGCAAAAUUGGCAUAAUAUUUGAAAGUACAUUAUCUGUUUAUCAAAUAUAUUCAAAAAUGUUUAGUUAAAUUAUAGAGUGGUCUAUAUGACCGCGAUUUAAUGAACAUUAUGAUUUAAUUAAAUUUUUUGCCUAAAUAAUUUUUCCUGAUAAAUGUAUUUCAUAUAUAGAAUUUUAAUAAUCUUCAUAUUGAGUAUGAACAAUAUAAAUAAGGAAAAAAUUAUUUGAGAAAAAAAAAUGUGAGGUUGUUUCCACCCUAGCGUGAAUAAUGAUGGGUUAACAGUUAAAUAUUAUAAAUUAACAAGUAAAUAAAUAUAAUGAAUUAUAAUUUUUUCAGAAUGAAAUAUUGAACGCAAAACUGAAUGUGGCAAACAUUAAAUUAAAUGAAGAAAAAGAAUCUGUAUUCAAAAAUAAGUAAACUUAAAUUGUAUUGAAGACUAAAUAUAAUAAUAGAUCAAAAAACAAAUUUUAUUUUAAUUUCAGCCAAUAUUUUGAAAAAGUGAUAAAAUAUAAAGCAGAUAAGUAUGAUGAAAUUCUAGCUGAAAAUCAAUCUUUGAAAGAUGAGCUUGCCAAGAUAAAAAUGUCUCUGUAAUUAUUAAAUUAUCUACUAUAUUAUUAUAUUCUCAAGAAAUAGUUUAUUAUAUUAAAUUUAUGUUUAUUAGAAAUGAAAACAAAAAUCAACUCGAUUUAAAGUUAAAAACAAUUGAGGACCAAACAGAAGUAAUAAUUGAUAAUUUAAAACAAUCUGAUAUAUUAAAAAAAGAUAAUUGUACUUUAAAAGAACGUAUUCAACAUCUUGAAAAAACCAAUGAUGGUUUAAUGGAUGAUAUUAGUCAGAAUGUAGUGUAUCAAAAAACCAUUCAAGAAGAGAAGGAGAACAACUAUAAAAAUUAUGAUCAUGUUAGUAUUUUGUAUGCAAUAUUUAAUGGUAUACAAAUAUUUUUAUUUUUAUUGACAUAUUAGAAUUUUAUAAAAUAUUCUAAUUAUUAUGUUUAUCAUAACACAAAGAGACUUUAUAUUAAUUUGAUAUAUUGAAAUAUUAGUUUUUUCAGACAUUAUAAAAUCAUGCCAUGAUCUUAUCCAAAAUAAAAUUUAUUUAUUCAAAAUUUCCUUACUUAAUCGAAAAAAAAAAUCAUUGGGUAUUACCAAAUUUGUGUAGUUUAGUAUUAUUGAUAUGUGAUUAUAACUUUUUGAAAGUAAUAAUCACUUAUUUUUAAAUUAUUUUUAUUCAAACUAAUAGUACUUUUUAAAUGUCGAUACAUUAAUUAGGUACAUAAACCUACAAUUAUCUACAAUAUUAUAAUAAUAUAUUUUUAUUAUAUUUUACUAAAUAUUUGUUUUGUUUAUUUACUUUUAAGACGUUAAAAAAUUACGAAGAAAACAUUUUACAAUUAAAUAAAGAAUUAAAAUUACAAAAAGAAAAUGAAUAUACAAUUCAAAAUGAAGUUAUUAAUUUAAAACAAGAAGUUCAAAGCUCUAAUAAUAAAAUAACUAAUUUACAAGAGGAAUUAAAAGUCAAUUUAACUUUAAUACCCGAAUUACAAAACAAAAUUUAUGCAAGUAUAAAAGUGAUUUUAGUUUAAUUUUAACUUAGUUAAUAAUUUCUUUAAACUUUAAAGUUAUAUUGUAUUCCAUAUGAAUUAAAAUUGUAUGAUUUUAGAACUUAAAUAAUGAUUUAACUCUUAGUUAUAAAAAAUUGCAAGAUUGUAUUACAGAAUUUGCAAUAGAGAAAUCUAAAUUGGAAAAAGAUAAAAAUGAACUGGAAAAUCAAUUUAAAGAACAACUUUUAAAACUCAAUGAAACAACUUCUAAUUAUGUAAUUAUUAAAUAUUCAAUUAUUUACUGAUUAAUAUAUAAUACAUAUUUAUAAGAUAAUGUUUUAAUUUUUAAUUUAUUUUACAUUUUUCAACAAGUUUAAUAAUAAGCCUUAAAAUAUUUAAAAUAUAUUGUAUUCUGGUGUUAAAAAAAAGAAAUUUGAAACUAUUCGUUUGAUAGAUAUGCAUAAUGAUUCAAAUAUGAGUAUCAAAAGAUUUUGGGGUUAGCGUAGGUAGAUUCAUGAUCAUUAUACCUUUCAAAUUAUCUAUCAGAGAAUUUUGAAAAUGUUCCCUCUGAGUACCCUUUAUUUUUAAUUAAAAUUUUCUAUUUAUUUUUUUUUAGAUGGAGUAUAAAUCAAAGGCCAAGUUAUUGUAUUCAGAAAUAACAAAAAUUCAACAGCAUUAUUAUCAAUUAGAACAGAAAAUAUCUCCUGAAUGCAAAAUAAUAGAAACCAUCGAGGUAUGUUAAAAGAGAUUUUAGCUUGUUAAAUAUUGCUGUUUAUUACUUUAUUAUAUUUAGAUAAGUGACGGAGAAGAAAAUGUAAGUUAAUUUUUAAAUUAUUUGUUCAAAAAUAAUUUAAUUUUGAAUGAAUUGUUUGAAAAUAAAAUUAGAUUGAUGUAAGUAUUGAAGAAUUUGUUGAUGAAGAUGUAUCAAACAAAAAAUAUUCAAAAGUUUCCUAUAAAACGAAUCAAAGGUUUUCAAAUUAUUUGAGCAAAAGAAAUUUAUUUUCUAUGUCUGUUGGUAAUAAUACUUUGAAAAGACAGAAAACAAUUAAUAACACGGAUGUUCCUCAAGUGAGUUACAUCAAACCAUUUUAGAUUUUCUAUACAAGAAAAAAAAAAUUAACAAAUUGCAUUAUUUAUUAAAAGAAAUAUAGUAAUUUACUGUAAGAAUUAGGAUUUAUGUAAUAUUUUCAAGCAGUCAAAUGGUGAAACAAAUUAAGAGUGUUAAAAUAUCUUUCUGUAAUGUCGAAAAUUGUAUGUAUCUACUUAUACUGGGAUUAGCAAUGAUAGAAAACUUUCAAAUUUUUGUUUCCGUUUUCCCAGAACAUUUUGUUUUUAUAUAAAAUAUGGUUAUUAUUAUUAAACAUUUUUUCUUAAAAUAGAGAUCAAACAUUUCCAAAAAAAAUAAAAUAUAUCUGUUUUAAAUAAUAAUAUAAUACAUAUUUACUAUUUACCAAAUAAUAUGAAUAAAAAACAAAAUUAAAAUUGUAAAAACAAUCAUUUUUCUAUUAUAAUUUAUAAUUAAUAAUUUUGAUUUUGCUUUUAUCUUUUAUUUUUAUUUAGUAUUAAUUUUUUUUUUUUUAAUCAUUCAAUAAUUAUUCAAAACAUUUUCCUUCCUUUCUUGGAGAUUAGACUUAAAACAUAAAUCUGAUAUGCUCUUAUUUAAUUUUUAGUUAGAGAUAAAAUGUUUUAAAGCCUAAUAGACUAGAAAAACGUACAGAUCUAAUAAUAUUAUCAUGAUAAAAUAAAUUUAUUUUAUCAUGAUUAUUAUAGUAUACCAAUAGAUAAAACGUCAUAACAUCUACGUGAGAUGUUUAUGAUCGGUGGUGUGGUCAAUCAGUGGGAUCCUACUAGUUCUACUAGUGAUUAUAUGUGUGAUAACAUAAACAAAACAAAAAUUGAAAAAUGACUAACUUCUAUUUGUAUUGUGUUCAUAUAUUUACCACUCUGUAAGGCUGUACCAAAUAAAUAAUUGGCGUUAUUGGCAUCGCACAUUAGAUAUUAAUAUAAUAUUAUUUACGCAUUUUAAAUACCAUUAUUUUAAUACAAUAUUAAUUGUUUGCAUUGUUUUUCAUAAUAAAGUCUAACCGAGUUUGGAGUUGGUCUUUUGUACAAAUUGUAUAUAGUUUUUUUAUUGUUAACUAUUUUUACUUCUCAAAAGAUAAAUAGUAUUAACUGUUUAUCUCACAAUGAUUAAUAUUGUUUUGCAUGUUUGUGGUGUAAUUUUUUUGACAUCAUUAGUGGGAUAUUUACUUUAAGAAGAUGACAAUUAUGAACUUGAAAAUCUUAUCACGUUAAGAGAACUGAAAUAUCCAAUCUAACCUAACCUAAUAAAGAAUGGGUAGGCGUUAGGCCAUCCCCACAAUGCAGAGGUGUUCUUUACAUCUUCUCUAGACUUAUAAAUGGGUACCUACUUGUAAAAAUGUGGAACUUAUAAAUCUUGAAACCAGGAUUUUAUAGAUAAUAUAUUAUCUAUUAUUAUUUAUUAUUAUAAUAAAUAUAUUGUCCAUUGUCUAAAGUAGUGAGUAAUUUGUAUACUAUUAAUAUUUAAAAAAUAAUGUUUCAUUUGUCAAUAGAGCACUGAUUGUAGUAAUAAGUUGAAACAAAAUUGUACACAGAUUAUUAAUAAUAGUAUUUUGAAUCUUCAAAAUUAUAAGGAAACUGACAAUAAAUACCAAGUUAAUUCUUUUUCAAAUAUUAGAUUAAAUGUUCUUAAAAAGUCAUUAAAGGAAUCUGGAUUAAAAGAUCUUAUGCCACCUCCGGUAAACUUAUAGUUUUGAAAUUGAUGACUAGAUACUUUAUUUAAUGCUUUACAUUUUCAGAAAAAAUUGAUGACUAAAAGUAAUAUGCAAAACAUGACUGUUCUUAACCAAGCUGAGAUCAUCCAUUUAGAAGAACUUUCAACUAAACAGACAAAACCUAAAAAAUAA